CGAGAGACGGAGCGGAGGAGGGGAAGGCAGGGCGUAUACAUGGGGCGUGGUCCCUCCAAACAGCGCGGCUUGGUACUCUGAAGGCUCGGAAGAAGAGAACGAGCAUCCCGGCUCUUUCUUUAGCGACUCCGGAAUGAAGCAAGGUUUAGCCCUCGCCACAAGCGGCAGCACUUACGGCGCAGCCAGAGUCUGAUUCCGGUGGGCGUAUACGCUGCGUGCUGCGUCAUGGCGUCAUUGCGUGACAUAUCCCGAGAGCAGGCUUUUGGCGCGAGAAUCUGAAACCCGGUGGGCGGAGACUCACCAAACUUUGAAGCAAUAGUGUAGAUAAAAAUGCCGAUUGGAUGCAAAGAGAGGCCAACUUUUUUCGACAUUUUUAAGACGCGAUGCAACAAAGCAGAUUUAGGACCAAUAAGCCUUAACUGGUUUGAAGAACUUUCUUCAGAAGCUCCACUCUGUAAUUCUGAACCUUCAGAAGAAUCAGAAUAUAAAAUCAGCAGUAAUGAAACAAACCCAUUUAAAACACCACAAAGGAAACCUUAUCAUCAGUUGGCUUCAACUCCUGUAAUAUUCAAAGAGCAAAGUCUAACUCUGCCACUGUACCAAUCUCCUUUAAAGGAAUUACAUAAAUUCAGAUUGGAUUCAGGAAAGGAUAUUGCCAACAGUAAACAUAAAAGUUGUUGCAGGGUGAAGGCUAAAAUCAAUCAAGCAAAUGAUGUUAUCAGCCCACCUCCAAAUUCCUCUCUUAGUGAAAGUCCUGUUGUUCUGAGAUGUACACAUGUAACACCACAAAGAGAAAAGUCAGUGGUAUGUGGAAGUUUAUUUCAUACACCAAAGCUCAUAAAGGGUCAGACACCAAAACGUAUUUCUGAAAGUUUAGGAGCUGAGGUGGAUCCUGAUAUGUCUUGGUCAAGUUCUUUAGCCACACCACCAACACUUAGUUCUACUGUGCUCAUAGUCCAAGAUGAGGAAGCAUCUGCAGCUGUGUUUCCUAGGGAUACUACUGCUAUUUUGAAAACAUAUUUUUCUAACCAUGAUGAAAGUCUGAAAAAUAAUAAGUUUAUCCCUUCUGGGCCAGACAGUGACAACAAAAAUCAAACAAAAGCUGAAAGUCAUGGAUUGGAGAAAAUGUUAGAGGAUUCAUUUGGUAAAGUAAAUAGCUGCAAAGACCAUUUUGAAAAGUCAAUGCCAAAUGUCCUAGAACAUGAAGUACAUGAAACAGUUGCAGGUAUCUCUGAAGAAGAUAGUUUGCCAGUAUGUGUUUCUAAAUAUAAAACAAAAAAGCUACAAAAAAGAAAAACUGGCAAGAGUAGGAAAAAUAUUUUCCAUGAAACAAAAACAGAUGAAUAUGAAGAAGCUAAAAAGGAAAUGACAGAAAGUAAACAUUCAUUUGUAUCUGAAACAGAACCAAAUGACAGUGAUCCAUUAAAUUCAAAUGUAAUAAAUCAAAAGCCUGUUGGGAAUGGAACUGACAUAAUCUCCAGGGAAGUUGUACCAUCUUCAGUCUCUGAAUGGUCUCAGCUCACGCUCUCGGGUCUAAAUGGAACCCAGGUGCAGAAAACGUCUCUACUGCAUAUUUCUUCUUGUGACCAAACUAAUUCAGAAGACGACCUCAUAGGCACAGAGAAAGAGUGUACCAACUUCAUUACUUUAGAAAAUUCUUUGCCACAUAUUUCAAGCAUAUCAAAAACAGUGAAGAUAUUAAAUAAGGAAACAGUGGUAAACAAGACAGAUGAAGGGCAGUGUCUUGAAUCUCAUGAAGAUCCCACUACUGUGGGACAGCAAACACUAACUGACUCUUCUCCACUUCAGGACAUCAAAAAAUCUAUCUUCAGGAUAAGAGAAUCUCCUGAAAAGAUACUUAGAGAAGAUUUCUCAAAUAAUGUGACUGAUUCAAACUUGAAAGAAGAACCAGAAGACUCUAAAAGUGAAUCAGAAAUACAAACUAUUUACUCACAGAAAGAGGAUUCUGUAUGUUCAAGUUCAGGGGAUAAUGAGAGCUGGCCAGCCACUACCAAAUACACUUCAGAAGCUUUGAGGAGCACAGGUUUAAUAUCCACUUUGAAAAAGAAAACAAAAAAGUUUAUUUAUGUUAUAAAUGAUAAAACAACUUACCAAGGACUGAAAAUACAGAAAGACCAAGAAUCAGAACUAACUAACUCUUCAGCCCAAUUUGAAGCAAAGCCUUUGGAGGCACCACAUACAUUUACAAAUGUUGAUUCAGGUUCAUUGCCUUCUUCUAUCCAAAAAAACUGUUCACAGAAUGAUUCUGAAGAACCAACUUUGUCUUUAACCAGCUCUUUUGGGACAGUUCUGAGAAAAUGUUUUAAUAAUGAAAGCAGUUCUUCUAAUAAUAAAACAGUAUCUCAGGAUCUUUAUUGUAAAGAAACAAACAUUAAUAAGGAAAAAUGGCAGUCAUUUAUAACCACAGAGACUGAUUAUGUGUCAUGCUUGCAGGACAAGCAUUGUGAAGAUAAUCCAAAAAGCCAAGGUGUUUCAGAUAUAAAGGAAAAAGUCUUGCCUGUAGUAUGUCGCCCUGAAUUGCCACAUUCAGAGGAAUGUAGUGAUACUGUCUUCCAAUUCCAGCAAAGUUUUUUACAUGACCAUGAUAAUACCACCAUUUUAACUCCUAGCUCCAAGUAUCUUCUGUCAAAUCCAGUUGUUAUUUCUAGAGGAAAACAAUCAUAUAAAAUGUCAGAGAAAAUAAAAUCUAAGAAUUGUGAAGCAGGUUUUGAAUUAACUAAAUAUAUUUCCAUGGAAGACAAUCAAGAAACAUGUGUUUUAAAUGAAAAUUCUAAGAAAGCUGAGAUGUUGUCACCUGAAAAAUAUAUAACAGGGGCAUUACCUUCUGUGAAAGUACAAUGCUACCAAAAUAUGAAUCUCACAGUCAUUCAUAAAGACCAGGAAGAAACUACUUUAAUUUCAAAAAGAACAGUCAACCCAAACUCUGAAGAACUUUCCUCAGACAGUGAAAAUAAUUAUAUCUUUCAAACAACUAGUGAAAGGAAUAUUCCUAUUUUAGAAAACAUUAAGGAAGUUCAUGAGGCAGACCUCAGUUGUUUAAGAGAACCUGUUCUCAAGAACUCUGUUAUAGUAACAAGUACAGAUAUGGAUGGCGGACAAGCAGCCAAAGCGUCCAUUACAAAAGAUUCUGUCUCAUCAAAUAUAGUCCAUGGUCUUAUAGAGAAGAAUAGAAAUAGCAUAAAGCAACAACCAAAGAUGACGCUAGGUCAAGAUUCAAAGCCAGAUGUGUCCCUAGAUACAGAUACAAAAUCAAACAGAAAUAACUUUUGCAGGGACAAAUGGGCAGGACUCUCAGAUUUGACUUCAAGUCACAGUUUUGGAAAUGGCUUCAGAACAGCUUCUAAUAAAGAGAUAAAACUCUCUGAACACAACAUUAAGAAAAGCAAAAUGCUCUUCAAGGAUAUUGAAGAACAUUAUCCUGCUAGCUUUUCUUGGGUUGAAAUUGUAAAAUCAUUAGAAAAUCAAAGGAAAGGAGGCCAACCUCAUGAUCGUGAUUCACAGUCAGUUGAUACAGUGUGUGGGUAUGUGCAGAGUGGUGCGGUUGUUUCUGAUAGUGAAAACAGUCACACAACUCCAGUUUUAUCUUUAAAGCAAGACUUCAAUUCAAACCAUAAUUUAACACCCAGCCAGAAGGCAGAAAUUACAGAACUUUCUACAAUAUUGGAAGAAUCAGGAAGUCAGUUUGAAUUUACACAGUUCAGAAAACCAAGCCACAUUUUACAGAGUAAUCCAUUUGAAAUGCCUGAAACCCAGAUGACUGUCUUGAAUACCACUUCUGAGGAGCAGAAAGAUGUUGAUCUUCAUCUCACAGCCAGUGCCCCAUCUCUCAGUCACGUAGAUAGCAGCAAGAAAUGUGAAGGUUUAGUUGGACUUGAGCAAAAGUUGAUCUGCUUGUCAACAACCAACUGUAACAAAAGUGUUUCUGGUUCUUUAACAGAUAAAGGUGAAGAGGAGUUUAGGGGCUUUUAUUCAGCCCGUGGCACAAAACUGAAUGUUUCUAAUGAAGCAUUGCAGAAAGCCAUGAAACUGUUCAGUGACAUUGAGAAAGUUAGUGAGAAAACUCCUGCAGAAGUAGAUCCAGGAAGUUUCUCUUCAAAUCAGUGUAACAAUUCUGAUGUUUCUAUGUUUAAGGUAGAAAAUUAUAGCAAUGAUAAAAAUUUAAGUGAGGAAAAUAAUAAAUGCCAACUGAUACUACAAAGUAACUUUGAAAUGACCACCAGCAUUUUUGUCAAAGAAAAUACUGAAGAUUUCAAGAGAAAUACUGAAAACAAAGAUAACAAAUGUAUUGGUUUUGUUUGUAAUUUAGGAGAAUCUGAUGGCUGUGCUUCAAGUAAAAAUGAUACAGUUUAUGUUCAUAAAGACGAAAGUGGCUUACCAUAUACUGAUCAAUACAACAUACAUCUGAAACUAUCUCAUCACUUUAUGAAAGAGGAAAACAUUCCAAUUAAAGAAAGUUUGUCAGAUUUAACUUGUUUGGAAGUUAUGAAAGCUGAAGAAACAUUUAAUAAGUCAAAUAAAAAGGAGCCAAUUGCUAAUAAGAUGAGGCAAAAUAUAAAAGAUUUUGGUGGUUUUGAUUUGUCCUUUUGGACUGCAAAUGGGAAAAACAUAAGGGUCUCUAAGGAGUCUUUAAAUAAAGUUGUAAAUUUCUUUGAUGAAAAAUGUACAGAAAAAGAAUUGAGUAAUUUUUCAGAUUCCUCAAAUUCUGAAUUACUUUCUGGCAUAAAUAUCAACAAAAUAGACAUUUCAAGUCAUGAGGAAACCAGUAUGUUCAAAAACAAAAUGUUGAAAGAAAGCAGCCCAGCUGGUAUUGAAAAUCAAAUACUGACACUCCAGCAAAGAGAAAAAUGUGAAUUCAAAAAGAUCACAGAACCAACCACGUUGGGUUUCCAUACAGCUAGUGGGAAAAAAGUAAAAAUUGCCAAAGAAUCUUUGGACAAAGUGAAAAAGCUUUUUGAUGAAACAAAGCAAGACAAUAGUGAAGUGACUGAUUUUAUCCAUCAAGGGGCAAAAAUGCUAAUGGACAGAGAGAUUUGUAAAGAAGGGCUUGACUUAGCAUGUGAGAUAGUUAAAGUAACUGCCCCAAAGCGUGAAGAGAUGCAGAAUUCUCUAGAGGAGAAAAAGCUUGUUUCUGAGGAGACUGCCAUGCCACCCAGGUUCUUAAGUGAUCAUUUACAAGGACAAACUGAAAAUCUCCACACAUCACAUAGUGUCUCUCUGAAAGUUAAAGUACAUGAAAAUAUGGAAGAAGAAACAGCAAAAAGUCCUAUAACUUGUUACACAAACCAUUCCACUUGUUCAGCCAUUGAAAACUCAGCUUUAGCGUUUUACACAGGACAUGGUAGAAAAAUUUCUGUGAGUCAGGCUUCACUACUUGAAGCCCAGAAAUGGCUUAGAGAAGGAGAAUUGAAUGAUCAACCAGAAAAAAUAAAUUCCUCCAAAAUUAAAUGUUUAAAGGAAUAUACUGGGGAUUAUGUAGGAAAUCCUUCAUGUGGAAACAGUUCAAACAGUAUAACUGAAAAUGACAAAAGCCUCUCUGAAAAGCAAGAUUCAACUUCCUUAAACAACAGCAUGCCUAACAGCUAUUCAUAUCAUUCUGAUUUUUGUCAUUCCAGUGAGGGAUUUAAUAAAUCAGAGAAUCUCUCAAAAGAUAAAAUUGAUAAUUCUGGUAUUGAGCCAGUAGUAAAGAAUGUCAAAGAUAGGAAAAACACUAGUUUUUCUGAAGUAAUACCCACCAUAAGAGAAGCAAACAUAAACCCACAAGCUUUAGACAAAGAUAGUUGUGUUCUGAAACUUGUGACUAAGUUUUCACCAUGCAAAAAGAAAAAGACAGCUGUUGAAGUGGCCUUAUCUAAUUCAAAUAAUUUUGAGACCGAACCACCUGCAUACAGUACAGCAAGUGAUCAAAUAGCCUUUGUUUCACGUGAAACAACAGUCAGAGAGAGGUUUACAGACAACUGCAGAAACAUAAAUACUAAGCAAAACACUGAAACGAAAUCAGGCACUGACCAAACGCAAACUGUGACAGAUUCUCAUAAGGCAUUGGGUGACUCAGAGGAUGUUAUUUUCCCUAACUCUCCAGAUAAUGAAGAACAUAAUAUGCAUUCACAUGAUGUUUCUCCUGACAUUCAAAGUGAACCGAUUUUACAACUUGACCAAAGUAUUUCUGGAUUGGAGAAAGUUUCUGAAAUACCACUUCGUCAUGUUGAUUUGAAAACUUCUGAUAGAUGUAAAUUUAACAUGGGAAAGCAUCCCAGGUCCGUCUCUUCUAUGAAUGCUUGUGGGAUUUUUAACACAGCAAGUGGAAAAUCUGUCCAAGUGUCAGAUUCUGCAUUACAAAAAGCAAGAAAGGUAUUUUCUAAGUCAGAAGAUGGUGCCAAGCAGUUCUUUUCCAGAGUGUCAUUUAAAAGUAAUGAAGAGCAUUCAGACAUAUUCACAAGAAAAGAAAAUACUAUGACACAUAACCCCCCAAAUUUACUAUCAUCUGCUUUCUCUGGAUUUAGUACAGCAAGUGGAAAACAUGUUCCAGUGUCUGAGAGUGCCUUAUGCAAAGUUAAGGGAAUGUUUGAAGAAUUCGAUUUAAUCGGAACUGAAUAUAGUCUCCAGCAUUCACCUACUUCUAGGCAAGAUGUAUCAGAGAUACUUCCUGUCUCUUGUACUGAUAAAAGAACCCCAGAACACUCUGUAAGCUCCAAAAUGGAAAAAGCCUACAAUAAAGAAUUUAAAUUAUCAAACAACUAUAACAUUGAAAGUGGUUCAUCAGAAAAUAAUCACUCUAUUAAAGUUUCUUCGUAUCUCUCUGAAUUUAAGCAAGACCAACAACAGUCAGUAUCAGGAACCACAGUAUCACACGCUGACAGCAUUCAUCUUUUGGGGAAAAAGCAAACUUUGCCUAAAUAUAUAAAAAAGGAAAUUGGGAAAACUGAAACUUUUCCUGAUCUUGUGAAAACAAAUACAGAAAUUUGUUCUACUGACUCCAAAGACCCAGAGAACUAUUUUGAAACAGAAGCAGUAGAGAUUGCUAAAGCUUUUAUGGAAGAUGGUGAGCUGACAGAUUCUGAAUUUCCAAGUCAUGCGAAACACUCUCCUUUUACAUGCCAAAAAAAUGAGGAAACAGUUUUGUCAAAUUCAAGAAUAGCAAAAAGAAAAGGAGAUGCACUUGUCACAGUUGGAGAACCCCCAAUCAAACGAAACUUGUUAAAUGAAUUUGACAGGACAAUAGAAAAUCAAGGAAAAUCCUUUAAGGCUUCAAAAAGCACUCCAGAUGGCACAAUGAAAGAUAGAAGGUUGUUUAUGCAUCACAUUUCUUUAGAGCCAGUUACCUGUGGACCCUCUUGCAUAACUACGGAACAGCAAGAAAUACAGAACCCAAAUUUCACUGCACCUGGUCAAGAAUUUUUAUCUAAGUCUCACUUUUAUGAACACCUGACUUUGGGAAAGUCUUCAAGCAAUUUAUCAAUUUCAGGGCAGCCACUUUGCAAGGUUCCUGACCCAAGAAAUGAGAAAAGGAGACACUCGAUAACUAUAGGCAAACCCAUGAAAGUCUUUGUCCCACCUUUUAAAACUAAAUCACACAUUCACAGAGAUGAGCAGUUUGUUGGCAAGAAUACUAAUUUGGAGGAAAACAAACAACAAAAAAACAUAGAUGAGCAUGGCUCUGGUGACAGUGAAAACAAUGUUAACAGCUGUGAAAUUCAUCAAACAACUAUACUUUUCACCAAGGGUGAAGAAGAACCUUUAGAUUCAAUUACAAAUCUUCAGAAUGCCAGAGAUAUACAGGAUAUGCGAAUUAGAAAGAAACAAAGGCAACGUAUUUUUCCACAGCCAGGCAGUCUGUAUCUUGCAAAAACAUCCACUAUGCCUAGAAUCUCUCUCAGAGAGGCAGUAGAAGGCCGAAUUCCCUCUGCGUGUUCUCACAAACAGCUAUAUAUGUAUGGUGUUUCUAAACACUGUGUAAAAAUUAACAGCAAAAAUGCAGAGGCUUUUCAGUUUCACACUCAGGAUUAUUUUGGUAAGGAAAGUUUAUGGACUGGAAAGGGAAUACAGUUGGCUGAUGGUGGAUGGCUCAUACCCUCCAAUGAUGGAAAGGCUGGAAAAGAAGAAUUUUAUAGAGCUCUGUGUGACACCCCAGGUGUGGAUCCAAAGCUUAUUUCUAGAGUUUGGGUCUAUAAUCAUUAUAGAUGGAUUAUAUGGAAACUAGCAGCUAUGGAAUUUGCCUUUCCUAAGAAAUUUGCUAAUAGAUGCCUGAACCCAGAAAGGGUACUUCUUCAACUAAAAUACAGAUAUGAUGUGGAAAUCGAUAGAAGCAAAAGAUCAGCGAUAAAAAAGAUAAUGGAAAGGGAUGACAUAGCUGCAAAAACACUUGUUCUCUGUGUUUCUGAAAUAAUUUCAUUAAGCACAGAUAUAUCUGAACCUUCUAGCAGUAAGACUAGCAGUGUGGAUACCACAAAGGUGGCCGUUGUCCAACUUACAGAUGGAUGGUAUGCUAUUAAGGCCCAGGUGGACCCUCCCCUCUCAGCUCUCCUAAAGAACGGUAGACUGACUGUGGGUCAGAAGAUUGUAAUUCACGGAGCAGAGCUGGUGGGCUCUCCUGAUGCCUGUACACCUCUUGAAGCCCCAGAAUCUCUUAUGUUAAAGAUUUCUGCUAAUAGCACUCGACCUGCUUGCUGGUAUACCAAACUUGGAUUCUCCCCCGAUCCCAGACCUCUUCCUCUUCCCUUGUCAUCACUCUUCAGCGAUGGAGGAAAUGUUGGUUGUGUUGAUAUAAUUAUUCAGAGAGCAUACCCUAUACAGUGGAUGGAGAAGACAUCAACUGGAUUAUAUAUAUUUCGCAAUGAAAGAGAAGAAGAAAAGGAAGCAGCAAAAUAUGCAGAAGCUCAGCAAAAGAAGCUGGAAGCCCUGUUCACUAAAAUUCAAGCAGAAUUUGAAGACCAUGAAGAAAAUGUGACAGAACAAUGUAUACCAUCACGUACACUAACAAGACAGCAAGUCCGUGCUCUGCAAGAUGGUGCAGAACUUUAUGAAGCUGUGAAGAACGCGCCAGACCCAAGUUACCUUGAGGGUUAUUUUAGUGAAGAGCAGUUAAGAGCCUUGAAUAAUCACAGACAGAUGUUGAAUGAUAAGAAGCAAGCCCAGAUCCAGGUGGAACUCAGGAAGGCUAUGGAGUCUGCUGAGCAAGGGGAACAGAUUUUGCCAAGGGACGUUACACCGGUGUGGAAGCUGCGUAUCAUGAGCUAUAAGAGAAGGGAAAAAGAUUCAGUUAUAUUGAAUAUCUGGCGUCCAUCAUCAGAACUAUACUCCCUCUUAACAGAGGGAAAGAGAUACAGAAUCUAUCAUCUUACAGCAUCAAAAUCUAAGAGUAAAUAUGAAAGAGCUAACAUACAGUUGACAGCAACAAAAAAGACUCAGUAUCAACAACUACCGGCUUCAGAUGAAAUUCUAUUACAAAUCUAUCAGCCAAGGGAGCCCCUUCACUUCAACAAAUUAUUGGAUUCAGACUUCCAGCCGCCUUGUUCUGAGGUGGACCUAAUAGGAUUUGUAGUUUCUGUUGUGAAAAAAAUAGGUAUUGCUCCUUUGGUCUAUUUGUCAGAUGAAUGCCAUAAUUUAUUGGCAAUAAAGUUUUGGAUAGAUCUUAAUGAGGACAUUAUUAAACCUCACAUGUUAAUUGCUGCAAGCAACCUCCAGUGGCGACCAGGGUGUAAAUUGGGAAUUCCUACUUUAUUUGCUGGAGAUUUUUCCAUGUUUUCUGCCAGUCCUAAGGAGGGCCAUUUUCAAGAGACAUUCCACAAAAUGAAAAAUACUGUUGAGAAUAUUGAUACGUUUUGCGAGGAUGCAAAAAACAAGCUGAUUCGUUUACUUAAUGCAAGUAAUCCCAAGUGGUCCACCCCAACUAAAGACUGUACUUCAGCACCACCCACUGCUCAAACAGUCCUUGGUUCAGGAAAUAAGUUUCUGCUGUCUUCUCCCAGUAGUGAGAUGAAUUACCAAAGUCCAUUGUCACUUUGUAAGCUAAAUGAGAAGUCUGUCUGCACACCUGUAUCAGCCCAAGUGACUUCAAAGUCUUGUUGCAAAGGGGAAAAAGAGACUGAUGACCCAAAAAGCUGCAAAAAGAGAAGAGCCUUGGAUUUCUUGAGUAGACUGCCUGUACCCCCACCUGUUAGUCCCAUUUGUACAUUUGUUUCUCCAGCUGCACAGAAGGCAUUUCAGCCACCACGGAGUUGUGGCACCAAAUAUGAAACACCUAUGAAGAAAAAAGAAUUGAAUUCUCCUCAGAUGACUCCACUUAAAAAAUUUAACGACAUUUCUCUUUUGGAAAGGGAUUCGAUAGCUGAUGAAGAACUUGCACUGAUAAAUACCCAAGCCCUUUUAUCUGGUUCAGCAGGAGGAAAUCAACUUACAUCUAUCAGUAAGUCCACCAGGACUGUUCCCACUAGUCCUAAGGAUUAUGUUGGACUGAAAAGGCCUUACACUACAUCUGUGAUCAAAGAACAAGAGAAUUCCCCAGCCAGGACUGAAGAACAAGAGACUAAUAUUCAGGACACAAGUGCAACAAAAAAUAGAUCCAAGAGACUGCAAAGGCGACAGAAACCAAAAUGACAAUAAAUUAGUUAUUGACUCAACCUUUCCAGUUUGUAAAACAUAUACAGUUUCAAACUGUAUAUCGGAAUUUGCAUGAGUAAAGGAAGGAAAUAGUUAAAAGUUUAUCUGUUGUUUGUAUAUCACAGAAAUGCUCUUUCCCUUUUUCUUUAUUGGUAUAUUCUUAUUUCAAUUAUAUAUCUUAAAAUUGUGUAACUGUAUAUUAACUAAUCAAGAAAAUCUCCUUUAAAUCUUUAUGACUGGGUUUGAUCACUGUAAGUAUUACAAGUGAAGUAAACACAAGUGUUUCUUUUAGAUUGUGUCCUUAUAACUACAGGAAAUUAAGUAAAGUUAUUUUGACUCACAUAAUUCUUUUUGGUUUAGUUCCAUUUUAGGUUUGUUUUUAAGAGGUAACCUACUAUGAACCAGUUUUCCAUAAUGCACAUGUUGGUUCUAAUAACAGUUUUUUCCUGAUCAAAAAAGUCACGAUGAGUAAGAUAUUAUAGUGGUGUUUUCUUUCGACCAGUUCUUCAUCCUUAAGUCAGCAUGACUACAAGAAAAACAGAACCCUCCGUGCACUUCCUUUUUUGAUGCCAUUUUGAUCUGUAAAAUUAAAUUAUUUAUUAAAAGUUGAAAUACUUUAAAUCAGAAACACA